UAACUCAAUCGUGUCGGCUAUUAACGUAGCACUUUCGGCGUGUAGGAGUAAACAAUUUUUUAAAAUACUUGAUUCAUUUUAUCAAUUUGACAAAUUUACACUACAAAUGCAAUGCCCGUCGAACCAUAAGGCACAACAAUUUUACUUAGUAUUCGUCUUACUCGUUGGGACUUACCAUGUAUCUGUCAUGACGUUUUUUUUACACAAUAGUUUUUUCGUAAUAUUUAUGUGGAGUUUGGUCUGUUUGUUGACAAUGAUAGCAGUAUCACAAUAUAUUAUAUGUAUUAGAAUGUUAAGUGACAGAUACAAACUGGCCAACAUUGUAUUUGAAAACAGUAUUAGCCAUCAAACUAAAACUGAAAAAUGUUUGUAUCCAACCGAAAUACACAAUUUAUUUAUCAAACUACGGAAUUUGACAGAGGAAGUAAAAACAUACUACGGUUUUCACGCAUUAUUUAUUAUUAUCGAAUCAGUUUUACUCAUUGCUUCAAACGUAACAAAAUUAGCAUUUAACUACACGAACAAUAUUGACACAUUAUUCGCGUAUAACAAAUUGCUUUUAAUUUUUUGUAUUUUGAAGAUGAUAUUUAUAUUUUUCAUAGUUCGAGAAGCGCAUAAUACAAUAAAAGAAUCAAAAAAAACUGUUUUGAUUGCCCAUGAUGUACUUCGUACCACAACAAACUCUUGGAUUAUCAAAGAAUUUGAGGUGUUCAUAUUGAAUUGUUGGAACAAUCCGAUUAUAUUUGAUGUGUAUGAUUUUUUUGAUUUGGACUACAAACUACUUCAAUCAAUAAUUGCAUCCAUUGUCACUUAUCUUGUAGUUUUGGUUCAAAUUCAAUUGGCAAUAACCAGUCAAUAGUUUGAAGAAAAAGAAUAGUAAUAAUUACGUAGUGUGAUAGACUUAAAAUUAAUGUGUUAUUAUUAUCAUAGAUUUAAUUUUUCAAACAAUUGCACUUUAGAAAAUAGAAAUAUAA